AUGUCGCCUUUCCCUCGCCAUUACCUUCGCCCCCCCUUUACCCGUCGCACUUCGCGUACCCUCCCCGUUUCCCCUCCCAUCACCCACUUCGUUACAUUCUCGCUCACCCUGAAACGCCCUCUCGUUGCCCUUCCUUUCUCCCCUCCCGUCACCCACCUCGUCGCCUAUGCGCUCGCCUCGAAAUCGAGGCGCACUCUCGUCGCCUCCCACGUCUCCCCUCCUAUUACCCACAUCAUCGUCGUCGCCCUAAGCCCGCAAUGCCCUCUUGUUGCGCACAGUCGACUCUCCUCGCCCAUCGCCCUGCCGCUGGCCUUGAAACGCCCUCGCGGCUCCCUUCUUCACUCCCCUCCCAUUACCCACUUCGUCGCCUUUGCGCUCGCUCUGAGCCGCCCUCCCGUUGCCUAUCAUCUCUCCACUCCCAUCCCGUCGCCCUCGUGUUCCCCUCUCAUCUCGCCCUCGAACCGGGCUCUUCGAUUUUGCCGCCCUCUCUCAGGCCCAAAGUCUUCAUACGCAGCAAAUAAUCCUAACCUCUCUCGCUCUUUGCAGAACCUUCACAAGCUGCCACCGCGCUUGUGCUUGUCACCUUCCCCCGCCAUCGCGCUCACGUUCUCCCCUUCCCCCGCCAUCGCGCUCACGUUCUCCCCUUCCCCCGCCAUUGCGCUCACGUUCUCCCCUUCCCCCGCCAUCGCGCUCACGUUCUCCCCUUCCCCCGCCAUCGCGCUCACGUUCUCCCCUUCCCCCGCCAUCGCGCUCACGUUCUCCCCUUCCCCCGCCAUCGCGCUCACGUUUUCCCCUUCCCCCGCCAUCGCGCUCACGUUCUCCCCUUCCCCCGCCAUCGCGCUCACGUUCUCCCCUUCCCCCGCCAUCGCGCUCACGUUCUCCCCUUCCCCCGCCAUUGCGCUCACGUUCUCCCCUUCCCCCGCCAUCCCGCUCACGUUCUCCCAUCUUCGCACCACCUUCGCGCUCAUGGUCUCCCCUCCCAUCUCCCUCGUGCUCACGUUCUCGUCUCUCAUCGCCUUCUCGCUCGCACCUCCCGUCCCUUCCUGUUGCCCUCGUGUUCUCCCGUCCCGUCCCGUCGCCUUCGCGCUCGCACCUCCCGUCCCGUACCGUCGCCCUCGUGCCCUCCCCUCCCCAAUGCCCCUCCCAUCACCCAACCACUCUCGCUUUUUGCAGAAGGCUCAGUACGUGUGUGCGAUGCCGGCGUCGGAAGCGCAGAGUCAGGGAGCCGCCGAGAGGGACGGAGCUAGCAGUGACCGCGUGGCGUCCACCAUCGCGACAUCCCUCCUGUCUCUCGCCGCUCCCAAGCCCCUCGUUUCGUUCCUCCGCUCGCCGCUCCACGCCGCGCUGCUGUGCCUCCCCGUCAUCGCGUUUCUCCUCCUUCUCGUGCGACAGCCCGUCGCCGUGGAGCACAUCGCGAUCCACUCGGUCGAGGAGCAAUAUCGAUUGGAGUCGCAGGGAGAGCAGAAGGGAUCCCCAGCGUCGCAAGAUUCGCCAGCGUCGCACGAGCAGCUUCAGCGACGAGUUGACGAACUGCUGGCCUCAUGGGCUGCUCAGCUCGCGAAGUCGUCGCCGACCGUCCCAGAUCCAGUCGCAAGCGACACGGAAGGCUCCAGACAGCUCGUCGCGUCACCUCCGCCCGGAAUUGCAGCAUCACCAGCAGCGCUGGUUUCGGCGCCGCAUUUGGCGGACUGCACGGCCAAUGCGCGCGUGCACGCGGAGGAGCAUUGGGCCAGCCGCCCCGCCGAUGGCUCCGAACCGCCCUGGGCCGCCCUCCGACGCUAUGCGGGCGCGGGCGAGGGGGAGGGGGCGGAGGAGGGGGUCGGGGAGAGGGAGGGGGAGGGGAGUGGGGACGCGGAAAAAGGGGGAGAAGGUGAAGGGGGCAAGAGGGAGAGUGAGAUAGGCGGGAGCAGCGCAUGGGCAGUGCGGAGAGAGGAGGAUGUGGCGGAGCGGAGAGGAGAGGCGCGCGGGGAUGUGGCGGUGGUGGAAGGGCCGUUUCCGCCGUGGGUGGAGGGUGCAGACGCGGACAACUACCCACUCACCCGCCUUGUGCAGCGCGACCUCUGGCGCCACCAGUUCCCGCGCAACUGCUCCCACCCCGCUGUAAGGCGAGUGGCUCCGGCGCACCCCCGGGGGCGCUGCGCUGCGUUCCUGCUGGCGCCAGUAGAGGGCAGCGCGCGGCAUGGGCUGGGAACGCAGAUGACGCUGCUGGCGGGCGCGCUGGCGCUGGCCGUGCGCAGCAGGAGGGUGCUGGUCAUUGCUCAUGCGGGGGCGAGGGGCAGGGGGCGCGGGGGCGUGGGGCUGCUGGGGGGCUUUGAGCGCGCGGAGCACGAGGGGUGUGAGCGCGAGGGCAUGCGCGGCGAGUGGCGCUGCUACUUCCUUGCAGAGACGUCCGACGAGUGCAGGCGCCGCGCACACUCAUUGGCCCGGCGCGCCGCGUCCUUCCAAGGCGCCCACCCGCUGCUCGCCACCACCAAGCACCCCUCCCUCGCCGCCCCCACGCCCUUUCAACAGGCGGGAGGCUCAGGGGAGGGACAGGGGGAUGAGCAGGGCAGAGGGGAGGAAGAGGGGGCAGAGGGGGAGAAUGGGGGGGAAGAGGAGUCGGGUGGCAGGCAGCGGCGGCGCAAGAGGGGAACGCGGCCGCUGUUCUUCCCAGCGGUGCCGUCGCGGUGGGGGCAGCCAUGGCUGGCCAUCCCGGGCGUGGUGGAGGCGGAGGGGCGCCUCAUCGUCACCAACCGCAUGAAGUCAGCUGCCUCAGUCCCUCCCCUCCCUCCCCCCCUCCCUCCCUCCCUCCCUCUCUCCAAGCCUUUGCUUCGCACCGUCCUCCUCUCUCGCUGUGUCUCCACAGCGGACACCUGUUCAUGCGCAUGCCACCGCCUGCCAUCAAUGCCGCCUCAGACUAGUCCCUGCUCUGGCUCACCCCAGCAUCCCACUCGCUGCACCAUGCACUGUUCUCCCCUCACCCCGUCCACCCUUCCCCCACCGCGGCCCCUCCGCAGCAACACACACCGCUGGUGGCGCGCCCAGGCGGCGCGCUUCUUCCUGAGAGCGCCCUCGCCGCGCCUCUGCCGUCUGCUCAACGCCCAGCGCCACCUGUCCUAUGGCCGCCUCGCCGCUGCUGCUGUCGCCCAGGCUGAGCUCGCUGCCUCUCAGGCGGACGUGGUACUAUCACAGGGUUUAGCUCAGGCAGACGUGGCUGUGGCACAGGCUGACGCUACUGUAGCAGAGGAAGAUCAGGCUUUAGGAGAUGGGGAGAUGCCAAACACUGGGUUGCGUGCCUCUGCUGCACUGACCGCUGGUCCAUCUGACAGCAGCUCACUGUGGAAAAUCGCACCUGGCCCCAUGGAGCGGCAGCUGUGGUGGCGGGUGCGGGUGCCGUGGGUGCCACGGGCGCUGGUGAGCAUGCACGUGCGCAUGGGCGACAAGGGGCGCGAGAUGCGAGUGGCGGGCGCAGCGGAGUACGUGCGCCUGCUGCUGCGCGUGCGCCGCCACGACCCGCACGCCCGCUUCGUGUGGCUCGCCACUGAGAUGCAGCCCGUGGUGGAGCAGCUGAGUGGCAUGGGCGGGUGGAGGUGGUUCACCACAGCAGUGCCACGCAUGGUGGGCAACGACAGCAUGCCUGCAUACGAGAGAGCAUUGGGAGUGCAGCGCAGCACGGACAAUGCGUUGGUGAACCUGCUGCUGGCGGGCGAGGCGGACUACUUCAUCGGUGCGCUCGGGUCGUCCUGGUCCUUCCUGCUCGAUUCGCUGCGCUGCACCGCGGGGAAGAUGCGCCGCGGCUUCCUUAGUGUCAACGUUUCUCCCCGCUGGUAG